GAGUGGCCGCUCCUGGGCAGCGGCGUCAUGCAGCCUGGGCACGCUUUCACGAUCGAGCCGAUGGUCGUCGAGGGCAGCCCGGACAUCCACCUGCUGGACGACGGCUGGACGGUGGUGACGAAGGACGGCUCCCGCUCGGCUCAGUUCGAGCACACCCUGCUGGUCACCGAGCGGGGUGUGGAGGUGCUCACCGCGCGGGUGCCGUCGUCGCCGCCCCUGUUCUUCCAGGAUGCCGCGCUGCUGCCCCGAGAGCCGGCGGAGAGGGGGCGAUACCACCUCGCCCUCGGGGGCAAGGCAGGCGGAGGAAAGGGAGUUGGCGGCGGCGGGGAGAGUGCCCGUGGCAAGGGCAAUGGGCGAUGCGGCUUCGGUGGCAACGCAUCGCUGCCGUGGCACGGUGCGGCGGUGCAGGCUGAGUCCGACGUCGUGGCGCCUGACAACGCGUUGGAUACGGUGCGCGACCGCGACCGUGAGGCAUCCAGAUUGCCAGGCGGCCAAGAAUUCGCUGUCGUUAUCGAUCAGGCCAAGCAGUGCGCGACGCUGCGGGAGAGCUCCGUCUUCGCGAAUAUCUGCGUCGGCAAGGUGAACUGGGCGGCGCUCAAGCCGGAGCGCGGCAGCUCGGCGCUCUUCUCCGUUGGUAAGGACAUUAUUGACGACGGGGGAGGGCGCGCCUUCGCGUUCCACGUCGGCGAGUUCACGCUGAUCUGCUUUCGCCUGGGCGCAGCCAAGAAGAUCUCUGCAGCUGCCUUCAACGCCUUGGUUUGUGACCUCAGGGGCGGGAUGAAGAAAGCCCACGUAAUUCGCUCGCAGCGCGAGCGGCCCGAUCGCCAAGGGCGCGACUCGCUGUGCGGAGGGAAAGGUUCUGGCGAGUCGAAGACGCCGAAGGAGCUCGUUGACUGCGUGCAGCAAGAGGCGGCCGCUGCGCUGCACGUCGUCAGUGACCAUGAGCGUGCAGGGGCCCUUCGGUGCGACGGUUUGUGGCAUUGCCCGUUGCGCCCGUUCAAGGAUUUUCAGAAACGGGCCAAAUUGGCUUCUCGCGUGCGGAAUCAGCACGUCCGACAGAAGCUCUGCGGUGCGUCGACGAAGCAGAUGCGCGUGAUCCACGCCAUGUGGAACCACUCUGUAUUAUCCCAGCGCUGUGCAAGCCUCUGGGCGACGAGCGGCGAUGCAUGUGGUCCUCGCUCGCUCCUCGCGCAGAGCGCUGAGUUCAUUCGGGGUGGUUGCAGAGAGAGCCCAUCUUGGGACGCGUGGAAACCGCCCGUCAAGCGGACCAACUUCGACCGACACGUGGUGCUGUUGCUCGGUGCUGGCGAGCGCGCCCGUUUCAUUCUCCGCGUGGACGCAGAUGGCUUCCAUCGGGUUAGUGCGCAGUACUAUUGCACCAAUGAGUUCUUGGCCUCGUUUUUGGCUUCUGUUCUGCACCCCGACACGAAGGGCUCCAAGAAGAGAGCAUGGGCCCACUUGAAGGAUGUCGCGGGUUUUACUCGAUACCUGUUUCCAGAUUAUGCUGCCAUUCACUUGACUUUGGUAGAGGGCAUGCUGAAGCAUGGCCGCAUCCAGAACGCAUUCAAGAAAUGCCGCGAAGACGCAGACAAGACCGUGAUCGGCGUCGACGGGCAGUACUCCACGCUACUUUCGGUCUUGUACCAGACAGCACGGCAGAGCUGGAGUUGA